AUGGGGGCAGCCACAGGCGUUCACUCUCGGCGUCUCUUUGCCUCUGUCUGGGGGCUUGCGUGGGCGAUGAGACACACGUCCACUCGACUAAGGAUAACCCGUCGUGUUGCACGGCGCGCAGGUUUGGUGGCUUUUGCGAACCCCGAAGAGGCGUUCGGUGGUGGUCUCGGAUGGCAGGACCCCGAUAUGGCACAGGCAAAUGUGCACAGAGGGCAGCAAGCACACCCAGAGCCAGGCGCAGUCGAUGUGGAUCUGAGGAACCUGACCAAUUCGCUCAGGUUUGCUGGUGGCUCCAAGCGAGGGAGGAGGGGUUGGUAA